AUGCAGAACGACCUGAAUACCGCCCAGAUCCGAGACUGGCAUUCUAUCUUCACACUAAUCCUCUUCGUCUUUGCCAACAUCGUCGUACUCGUCCCAUUCACAGUGCCGUUUCCAUUCCCGCGCUUUUUGGUCGAUGCCGCACGAAGUCUCUUAGUGGUGUUGCGCGUCCUUCCACCACGAGAUCCACAAUCUGGACCUGUGACUUGUGGAAUCCAGCAAUCGAAGCAGCCAUCCAAAGUUAUUCGCGAAGGGUCCGCGACAGUGCGACGUGGUCCUGGAGCGCUCUUGCUCUGGUACAGGCUCCCUGUCAACUUCAUCACCGGGCCGUUAUUGGCCGUCCUUCUCUUGCUUGCCACUAAGUCUAUUGGCCGUGUUGAGGUCCACGAUGGCACCAUAGGCGCGAACAAUAUCAUGCCACUGGAGGUAUUGGCCUUCUUCAUCACGCUAGCAUACAUCGCAAUUAGUGUCGAUGCGUCCGGUUUGAUUCGCUACAUCGCGUUCAAAGUGCUGCAGAAGGGUGGCGGUCAUGGCCGACGUCUCUUCCUAUACCUCUACGCCUUCUUUUUCGCGCUGUCCACCUGCAUUGGCAACGAUCCUAUCAUACUAUCUGGCACACCGUUCCUGGCUUACAUGACACGAAUUUCACGCAACAUUAAAGAUCCCAAAGCUUGGAUCUACACUCAGUUCGCUGUUUCGAAUGUCGGUUCAGCGAUCCUUGUGUCCUCGAAUCCAACAAACCUUGUGCUCGCUGCUGCGUUCGAGAUCAAGUUCAUUGAGUACACGGCCAAUGUGAUCGUUCCAGUCAUAGCAUCGACCAUGGUACUUGCACCGUUCCUGCUCUACGUCUUGUUCCGGGACGAUGCGCUUGUUCCGCCAAGUAUCGAGCUGCAUGUCCUGCCAGAAGAAGCGAGGCGGAAAAUACCCGUGAACCCGAACAUUCCGAACGCUCGUGGCCAGGCUGAUGAUAAUGAGGAUAUGGCCAUGCUCGAAGAGAUCAUGAACCCUUACCUGGACAAGUCGGGAGCCAUAUUCGGCUCGGUUAUUAUGGCUGCCACUCUCAUUACGAUCUUAGUCUUGAACGCUAGCACUCCAAUCCGACACCAACAUCCAGUGUAUUGGAUCACCUUGCCUGCUGCUUGCAUUAUGCUAUGCUGGGAUCUUACAUUUGGGUGGCUGCAUAGGAAGCAAACGCGAGACAUCGCCAGGGCUGGCUCUAAAGUCUCUGCACCACCUGGAGAGCGGGACACUGUGGCGUUGAGGGAGAUUGACACUGGACAAAGACAGCGACAAAGCACUAUCGACCCGCAGCAGUCUUUCGAGCCUAGAGACAGUGAUACGUCUGAUGCGGUCGACGGUCAGCCAAAGACAUCUGCUGUGUCCGUUCCGCAGAAGCUUCUUCGCAAGCGUACGACAGACACCCUAGGCUUGCAUUGCGACGUGCCUCCACCACCAGCAAAGCCAACUGCAACCGCGUCUCACUACACAGUGCCCACUACUCUUGUCUCACUUGUGGCAGGUGCUUGGAAGUGGUGCAGGGAAACUUUUCCGACUGCAACAGCAGUGCUGGCAUCGCUCCCCUUGCCGCUCAUUCCCUUCGCGCUCUGCAUGUUCAUCCUGUGCCAGUCCCUAGUCACGAAGGGCUGGGUUGGCGUCUUUGCUUACGGGUGGGACCACUGGGUGAGCAGGACAGGGCCGGUCGGUGCAGUUGGUGGCAUGAUGUUUGUCUCUAUCCUUCUUUGCAACUUCGCAGGGACCAACAUCGGAACAACGAUCCUGAUCAGCCGUGUCGUCCAAGCCUGGGUCGAGAUACAUGCCAAUACUUCCGGCGACCCGAUCUCUCAGCGAACGUUUUGGGCCACAAUCUACAGCAUGGCGAUAGGCGUGAACUACGGUGCCUUCAGCACAGCGUUCAGUGCGUCGCUAGCCGGACUUCUAUGGCGGAGCAUUCUCGCCCGCAAAAACAUCCACGUGAUGGGCUGGGAGUUCAUGCGGGUAAAUUGCCCGAUCAUCGCAGUGGCAACCAUCGUUGCGUCUGCAGUACUUGUUGGCGAAGUCUACAUCACGCGAAGCACAGCAGCAUAUGCUGGAAUGUGA